ACAAAAUUAAACGAAACGAAAGGCAAAUCAUUGCGAAAUUAUUGUAACUAACGAAUCGAAUGUAAUCACGAGGUGUCGGAGGAAUGAGCCUAAAUCAUGACAGAAAGCCUACAAGUAGAGGAGUUUUCGGGAUCUACCUAAUCCGGGAUACGGGAUACGACGGGAUACGGGAAAGCAGUGGUUUCCAGGGCCUUCCGUUCCAGAAAAAAAUGGCGACCAGCGAGAAAGAUCGAGCUGUUUUGCAAAGCAUUUUUAAUCCUUUGUUACCCCUUGGUGACAUUCCUCCAAAGCAUGAAAUUGAAAAUGAAAAUGAAAAUGAAAAUGAAAUUAACGUCGAAAACACGGAGGAGUCCAAACGAGCGAAAGAUUUAGAAACAUCCGGUGUUGAGAAAGCGGAACAAGGGGAUUUGGAAGGAGCAUUGGAGUGUUUCAACGAAGCUUGUGAAAUCUGUCCUUCUCGUCCGUCUUGUUUCAAUAACAGGGCUCAGCUGUGGAGGUUAAAAGGGGAUAUCAGCAGUGCUUUGGAAGACUUGAACAAAGCUAUUGAACUGAGUAGAGACAAAGGAGCUGCUGCAGCCCAGGCUUACACUCAGCGAGGCUUAAUCCACAGGUUAAAUGGAGUGGAGGAAAAAGCUCUUGAAGACUUCAGCAAGGCUGCAGAGCUUGGUAGUACAUUUGCUAAAACAAUGGUUGUGCAAAUGAAUCCCUAUGCCGCCAUGUGCAACAAAAUGCUUGCCGAGGCUAUCAACAAACUGAAAGGAGAAUCACAGUAAUAGUUUAUGGCUUCUGUAUAUGUAUGAAUUAUUUUAAUUUCCAGACUGUCUGGUAUGGACAGAGAGCUUGUGAUAAAGAACAUGACAUGACUUCAAAGUGCGACACUUAGAUCACUGGGUACCCCUUAGGCCUACAUUGGAACAUGGCACUGAAAGGGUGACAAGUGUUCAUUGUUUUCCAUCUUAAACUGGGUAUGCAUUAUUUAAAUUGUGAAUAUCUGUGAAACUCAUCAGGGGAUUACAGUACUGAGAAUUAAGGGUGCGUUUCUUUAAGAAAAAUUAUCCAAGAUUGCAUUCUUAAAUCUGAAAGAAUCCGAAAACGGAAUUUGCAUUUCUUUACUAAACAGAUUAAUCCAAGAUCUCUGGGAUCAUGGUGCAUCAAAGGAACUUUAGAAUCCACUCCCAGUGUGGAUUCUUCAGUUCCUUUAACGCACCAUGAUCCCAGGGAUCUUGGAUUGAUCUGUUUAGUAAAGAAACGCAAAAUCCGUUUUCAGAUUCUUUGAG